AUGGAAAUAUUUAUUUAUUUUACAGCUGAUCAAAUUUAUUUCACAUUUUCUCAAUUAAAUAAUUAUUUCAAUUUAAUUCUCAAAUCAUUACCGAAAUUAAAUCUGGUGAUACACGAACAUUUAGAUCCUUCUGUCCUCUCUUUUUUUGAUUCAUUUAACAAAAUUCUCGUCAAAUUUUAUGGUUCACCCCUUGAGGAAUGUGGUUGUCAAUCUCAUUCGAUAAAUGGUGGUAAUCGUUUGCAUGAAAUUUACUGGAUAAUAGAUAUUGACUGGUAUCAAAACCUUGAUGGAGAACGAUCUCCUUAUCCUCCCAGUAAAAUCGGAAAUAUUAUUCAUCCUGAUAAUUAUUCUCGAUUACAAUCAUUAGUUUUGCCAAAUGCUUCAUCUAAAUUGAUACAAUUAAUAUUUCAAGGUGAAUUUCCUCGUUUAAAAGUCUGUCAUCUUGGUAGAUGUGAAUCAAUUAUUUUUCCAUGUUCGAUGACAAUACAAUUACAAAAUCUUCGUCAAUUAACAGUACACGGACAACAAGGUCAUGUAUUAGAAAAGAUAUUAUUGAUGUGUCCUUGUUUAGUAUAUUUGGAUUUUUCAUGUAAUGAUUCCAUUCCGCCAUUUCAUUUCAUCAAUCGUUGUUUUCCAUCGAUGAAAUAUCUUCGACUCGAUCGACUUAGAAACUUUUUCUUUCACAACAGACAAUUCGUUUUUCUUCUCUCACUCUUUCCAAAUCUUUUACAAUUUCAUUUGAUUGUUAAUCAAUGUCGUCAUAAUGUUGAAACAAUCACUAUUCAAGAAAUUGCGAAUUAUUUACAUCGUCAAUGUCCAUUACUGAAAAUAUUAGUUUUACGUAUCUAUAUGCGAGAACAUAUGCUUCGUAAUUCUUCUAUCGGUAGUCUUAAAGAAAUUACCAAAAUGCAUUCUCUUUUCAAUUAUGUCGAAAGAUGGGACCCACAUCUAGCUAUUAGUUCACAUGGUUUCAUUCCGCAUUCUCUUUGUAAGCAUCGAUAUAUGAGCAGUCAUCCUAUUCCGGAAAGUUACACAUUCCGGAAUCGCUUGGCUCACCCAACUUAA